AUGCGACACGGAUUUCAGGAAGACUACGAUUCGGAUGAGUAUCUCGGUAUGCUCGAACAAGUCUUCUACAUGUACUACGCCGACAAACGCCACGACACAUCCGGCAACCCCCGUAUUUCAACCUCCUCCGUCCUGCAAGACUGGCGUAUGCGCGAACGUCUCAAAACCGUCUCCGCAGCCCUCGUGGUUUGUCUCAACAUCGGUGUCGACCCGCCUGAUAUCGUCAAAACCUCACCCUGUGCGAAGUUGGAAUGCUGGAUCGAUCCGUUUUCGCUUCCGGCCUCGAAGAGUCUGGAGGCGAUUGGGAAGAAUUUGCAACAGCAGUAUGAGACACUGAGUAUGCGGACACGGUACAAGCAAUACCUAGACCCAAGCGUCGAGGAAACAAAAAAAUUCUGUUGUGCACUCCGCCGCAACGCAAAAGAAGAACGCAUCCUCUUUCACUACAACGGACACGGUGUACCUAAACCAACGACGAGUGGCGAGAUAUGGGUCUUCAAUAAGAAUUAUACGCAGUAUAUCCCGGUGAGUCUUUAUGAUUUGCAGAGUUGGUUGGGGGCGCCGUGUUUGUAUGUUUGGGACUGUUCUGCGGCGGGGAAUAUUGUGCAGAAUUUUAUGAGGUUCGUGGAUCAGCGGGAGAAUGAGUACAAGAACGCCUCUUCCAACGGGGCAACAACGAAUGGUGAUGGGAAUGGUGGGGAAGAACAGCCGUCCGAGCCUGUGAGUCCGCAGAGCUUUAGGGAUUGUAUACAGUUGGCGGCGUGUGGGCCUAACGAAGUAUUACCGAUGAACCCGGACUUACCGGCUGAUUUGUUUACGUGUUGUUUGACCUCGCCGAUCGAGAUUGCGGUCAGGUGGUUUGUUCUGCAAAAUCCGCUGCCGUCGAAUUUGUCGAUCGAUAUGGUGAUGAACAUUCCCGGACGGCUCCAGGAUCGUCGAACGCCGUUGGGUGAGUUGAAUUGGAUAUUUACGGCGAUUACGGAUACGAUUGCAUGGAAUGUCCUUCCCAGGCCAUUGUUCAAGAGGCUGUUUAGGCAGGAUUUGAUGGUCGCGGCACUCUUUCGGAAUUUCUUGUUGGCGGAGAGGAUUAUGCGGGUCCACCAAUGCCAUCCGGUUUCCUACCCCGCCAUUCCGGCGACUCAUAACCACCCGAUGUGGGAUUCGUGGGAUUUAGCUGUCGACACUUGUCUCGCUCAACUCCCGCACCUCAUUGCGGCGGAGCAUGGAGGGCCGGCGUAUGAAUAUAAGCAUUCGUCCUUUUUCACGGAACAGCUGACCGCAUUUGAGGUUUGGCUUGCGCAGGGGGCUGUGUAUAAAAAGGUCCCGGAUCAGCUGCCGAUUGUGUUGCAGGUUUUGCUCAGUCAAGUACACCGUCUCCGCGCACUGAUUUUGUUGAGUAAGUUUCUGGAUCUGGGACCGUGGGCUGUCAAUCAGGCUUUGAGUAUCGGAAUUUUCCCGUAUGUGCUCAAGUUGUUGCAGAGUCCUGCGCCGGAGUUGAAGCCUGUUUUGGUGUUUAUUUGGGCGAGGAUCUUGGCUGUUGAUGGGAGUUGUCAGGCGGAUUUGUUGAAGGAUACUGGAUACACCUACUUCGUGCAGAUUUUAACACCAAACACCGCUCAGCUUCCGGUGGCGAAUGUGAGUGAGCAUAGAGCCAUGUGCGCGUUCAUCCUCAGUGUAUUCUGUCGGGAUUUCAAGCAGGGACAGGUUGCGUGUAUGCAGCCUGGUGUGCUGAGCGCGUGCUUGAGUCAUCUGGGGGAUGAGGAUCCGUUGUUGAGGCAGUGGGCUACGUUGUGUGUUGCGCAGUUGUGGAAGGAUUUGGCGGAGGCGAAGUGGAUGGGGAUUAGGGAUGGUGCGCAUGAAAGGUUGUGUGAGUUGUUGACGGAUCCGGUGCCGGAGGUUAGGGCUGCGGCGUUGGUUGCACUGGGGAAUUUCCUGGGGUUGCCGGAUAAGAGUGAGCAGGCUGUUGCUGUGGAGAAUUAUAUCGCGAUUGCGGCGUUGGGUCUCACAGCUGAUGGGUCAGGUAUGGUUCGUAAGGAGCUGGUCGUUUUCUUGUCGAUUUUCAUCUCGUUGAAUGCGAAGAAAUUCAUGGUUACGGCCCUCGGACACUUCGAGGAGAAGUUGGCGAGUAGUGAGGGGCGGUUAGCGACGAGUACGGAUGUUGCGUCACAUUUGAGUCGGGCGACGCCGUAUGAUGCUGUUUGGCAGGCGUUGUUGAUAUUGAGUGUUGAUCCGUUUUCGGAGGUUGCGGUGUUGGCCGUUGGGGUUGUUGAUGCUGUGCAUGCGGAACUACUUAAGGGUCCGCUGGGAGAGGUUGCGUCGAACAUCAUCAAGGCAGCGUCGCAGACGUCGAAGCCUGCGUUUGAUGGGUCGUUGUCGAGGACGAGUACGUCGAGGGAUGGAUCGGAGCAUCCUUCUCAGGCGCCUGAUUCGCCUGCUAGGCCGGGUUCGUCUAGGUUGACGCGUACGUUGACGAGAUCGGCGUCGAUUGCGGUGUCGUUGAAGAACCUUGCUUUGGGUCAUCAUGAGGAACCUGCACCUGCGCCGGAACCUAAUAGACCUCCUCCCGAGGACGAGGCUUUCGUUCCGAGUACGCCACAGCCAUCUCUUAAGGUGCCUUUGCCUAAGAGCUUUAAGGAGUUGAAGGGAUCAAAGUCGCCACCGCAGGAACUGCCUUUGAAGAGCUCUUUCUUCCAAUGGAGCUGUGAGUACUUCAUGGAACCUCAGAUGAAGCCCCAGGAGACGGAUGAGCCAGGAAGCAUGGAAUACAAUCAGCGUCUAUGGCGCCGGAACAGAAAUGAGAGGAUCAUCUUCGAGACGCAGCCUCAGAAGGAGAUCGCCGGUGCGAGUGCUUGGAAUCUGCAUGCUGGGUACUUCAACAAUGAGACUCAGCCGAUGCGGUUACUGUUCCAUCAGUUUGAGCCUCAUCUUGUUGCGGCUGAUGAUAGGGAUGGUAUCUCGGUCUGGGAUCACAAUACGGGAACUAGGCUCAACCGAUUUUCGAAUGGUAAUCCUAUGGGAAGUCGGAUCACAGAGGUGAAGUUCAUCAAUGAAGAUGAUGUUGCUCUGUUGAUGACUGGUUCUGGAGAGGGUAUUAUCAGGCUAUACCGGAACUAUGAGUCGGAAGAGAGUAUGGAGCUUGUGUCCUCAUGGCGCGCACUGACUGACCUGUUACCUUCAAACCGCAGCAGUGGUUUGGUGGCUGAAUGGCAACAAGGGCGAGGAACAUUGCUCGUUGGAGGUGACGUAAAGGUUAUUCGAGUUUGGGACGCACCACGAGAAACGUGCUUGAGCGACAUACCAGCGCGUUCGGGUAGCUGCAUCACGUCCCUUACCUCAGAUCAAGUAGCUGGAAACAUCUUCGUUGCAGGAUUUGGCGAUGGUGCAGUCCGCGUGUACGAUAGGAGGUUACCGCCUAGAGACGCGAUGGUCAAGGUCUGGAAGGAUCACAAGACUUGGAUUGCCAAUGUGCAUAUGCAGCGUGGAGGAAACCGUGAGUUGGUAUCGGGUAGUGUCAGUGGUGAUGUGAAGCUCUGGGAUAUCCGACUUUCGAAACCGGUUCGGACGAUUCAAGCACACACUGGCGGAUUACGGACAUUGGCCGUCCACGAACAUGCACCUGUAUUCGCUAGUGGCUCGACAAACCAUUUCAUCAAAGUAUGGAAUACAUCGGGACCGAACUUGUCAACGUUUAGGCACUACUCGGGAUUCUUGCAUCAAGGACGACAAACAUCGUCGGCUGUUACCUCGUUGGCGUUUCAUCCGCAUAUGAUGAGUCUUGCCGUUUGUGGCGGCGGGGAUCAUCAUAUCAAUAUUUAUAAGGUUGCGGCAUGA